CGCAGUUCGCGAGCGACACGCUCUCACUUAAGAUGUGUGGCGCGGGAAGAUCGCCCAUGAUCGGAUUGUCAACGCGCAAGGUCCCUUUCACAACGCAGCUGGCAAAGUUCUAAAACCACGCACUACAUACAUACAUACAUACAUAUGUAUGAUAUUAUUAAUUUAAUAUCUUAACAGACUUGCGUACAUACAGAUGUUUGUAUUUAUUAAUGGAAUACCCUAUUCCAUUUGCUGCAGGUAUCCGGUAGGAAACAACGAGAACUGUGUGUGACUUAAGGCGAACCGCUUCGCGUUUAUUCCGCAAAUAACUCGAUCAAAUGAACUAAUCGCGUUGCCGCUUAUCUCAUCAACAUUAAAGGCAUCCACUUGUUGCGCCCGCGUUCACUAUGUGUUGGUGUUUGCGCGUCUACUGGACCGUUUUGCAUAAUUUGUUUGCGCGCUUCGUGGCGAAUGUGGUCAAUUCUGUUUACAAAAACGAUAUGUGUUGGUGUUUUUCGUGUUGCUCCCGUUCUAUUUGCUGUUUUUGUUGCGAUCACUGUUUGGUUUACAAACAAACCCAACGAGUUUCAAGUGAGCUAAACGCCGGCGAGGAAACUGAGUUCGCGAUGAGAAGUGGGGGAGAAAUUCAAACAAGAACGACGUCACCAUUCUCACAUCACGAUUAUGUCAUAGUUGAUGACAUUGAUGCGAAUUACCUUCAAAUUGAGCGUCGAAAAAUUGAGACAGAACCCUAUUAUCGUCUAGUAGAUCGUGCAACGGCUGAGGAUAUUUUGAGCAGCAGGGAAGAUGGUUCUUGUUUAGUGCGGCCAUUUAAAGAAGCGGACUUCUCAGUUAAAUACAUCGUAACGGUUUAUGCGCAGCAGCAAUAUUUCCAUCUUUUCAUAAGGCAAAUAAACGGCAAAGACCUGUACGGCAUAGGUCAACAGAAGCCAAAUGAGAGGAUCUUCAGUUCGCCCAGCGAUAUAAUCGACUUCUACGGCUUUAAUACAUUACAAUGUACAAAUAAAAGCACCAGUGUAAGUUUAGUACUAAAACCCAUAGUUUCAUAGAACUUCGCAAAUGUACAUAAAGUAGUUUAAUGGACUUUAAAUAGUUAUUUAUUUAUUUCUAGAUAUACGUAUACAUGUAUGUUUGC